CUUUUUUUUGCUUGAGAUUGUGUGCAUAACGACGCGUAUUAGUGUACCAGGCACCACGAUGGCCUGAGAUUGAGAUAUCGGGCCUCUAUAUAAAUCAACAGCAUAUGUCUAGCCAGAAUCCUGCAAAAAUCCAGCCAAUACUCGCAAAUAUCCACGACCAUAAUAAAACACAUAAACACUCCUACACGUACUGUCUUAGCGUGCUGCAAACUACAUCAUGUCUUUUCUCACAUCCACCGAAAAGUACCACCACGAGUCCAUCAUCCCCGCAGGCCUGACCAUAGAGCAAAUCGACACCUUCCAGAAGAACCAUGAUGUCCUCCUGACGUUCGACCCGGAUUACCGCUCGCACGAAGAGGUCAAGUCCAAAGCCACGGACAAGAGCAAAACCUACAAAGUCACCGACACCAACACGGCUCCCGUAGGUGGCGAAACGAUUGAGCUCGAAAUCACCAUUACCGAGACUGCAGAUAGCCAGGAAUGGUCCAUCCAGGCGCCGUUCGGACUGACCCAGACCAGUGUGUGGACGAUCAAGGAAGGCGGUGACACGAAGCCCGGCGAGGGCACCGGACGCUUGUGGUUGGUCGAGGACACUACGGUGAAAGGAAACCGAUUGGUGGUAGGAAAGAUCCAGACUAAGCAUGUCGAGAGCUGGCAGGGAAUCCAUGAAAGGUGGAUCGCGGCUUUGCAGAAGAGCGCCACGGCUUGAGCGCAAGUUGCAAUCAUCUGUUUUCGCAAUUUGUCUCGGUAUUUCCGGAGAUGCUCCCAGAAAUUGUGAUGCUUGUGCGAUCAGACUCAUAGAACACAAUCCAAU